GGCAUCUAGUUUUUCUACUGUUCUUGUUGCAAUUUUUGUAUAUUUCAGUUUCUGCCAAAUGUCAAAUGUUAGCUUUCUAGAGUUCCAGUUCAAACUUUCAAGAAACAAGCUUCUGCGGAAACCGUCACGAUUGUUCUCUUCCAGGGACAGAAAGAACUCCGGUGGACUACCUACUUUCCAGCCAAACGUGAGCGAGAUGAGGCAAGUUUUCAAUAAAUUUGACUCCAAUAGGGAUGGAAAAAUAUCUCAGCAGGAAUACAAAGCCACACUCAAAGCUCUGGGACAGGACAAUGUGAUCGGAGAUGUGCCGAAGAUUUUUCAGGUUGUUGAUUUGGACGGAGAUGGAUUUAUUGAUUUUAAGGAGUUCGUAGAAGCGCAGAAGAAAGGUGGCGGCAUUAAGACGACAGACAUUCAGACUGCGUUUCGAGCAUUUGAUGCAAAUGGAGAUGGGAAGAUAUCUGCUGAGGAAGUUAUGGAAGUCUUAAGGCGGCUUGGUGAGAGAUGUAGCCUAGAGGAUUGCCGGAGAAUGGUCAGAGCAGUUGAUGCUGAUGGUGAUGGAAUGGUCAACAUGGAUGAAUUUAUCACUAUGAUGACUCAAACUCUUGUUGCUUUAUAACUUUUCUGUGAAAGGCCUGAAUAAAACUUGUUUAUUGAAGUUAAUGAAAAACAUAUAUGUAUGAAGUUCUUUCAGAU